AUGAUGCGGAACAGGCAGGCAAAGAAAAGAGCCAUUUUGUUUGUAUCUAAGAGUGGUCCUUUGUUAUCAUACCCCCAUAAUGGUAGUAUCAUCCAAAAGCUUAUCUCCAGUCUCUCCAAUGUUCACCACACAGUUCAUCCACCAGCUUCAGAGCCUCUCUAUAUAAACACUGAAGAGGAAGAGAGGAUGAAUAGAGCAAAACAAACUAAAAAACCAACUAAUCAAACAAAAAUGUUGCGCAUUAUCUUCCUCUUAUCUCUCCUCUUUGCUCUAUCCAAUGCCUCUGUUCAAGACUUCUGUGUCGCCAACCUGAAACGUGGUGAGACCCCUGCUGGUUACCAAUGCAUUCGUCCCAUUCAUGUCAAAGCCUCCGACUUCGUCUUCUCCGGCUUAGGCACUCCUGGUAACACCACCAACAUCAUCAGCGCUGCGGUGACACCAGGCUUCGUCGCUCAGUUUCCAGCUUUGAACGGUCUAGGCAUCUCUACAGCUAGACUUGACCUAGCUCCUAAAGGUGUGAUCCCAAUGCACACUCACCCUGGUGCCUCUGAGGUUCUCUUUGUUCUUGACGGUGCCAUCACCGCAGGGUUCAUCUCCUCUGCGAAUGAUGUUUACGUACAGACACUAAAAGCUGGACAAGUCAUGGUGUUCCCACAAGGCCUGCUUCAUUUCCAGAUCAAUGCUGGUAAAACCACUGCUGCAGCGUUUGUCACUUUCAGCAGCGCAAGUCCUGGUCUCCAGAUUCUUGACUUUGCGCUAUUUGCCAACAGUCUUUCCACUGAACUCGUCUCGGCUACUACUUUCCUUGAGCCUACUGUAAUCAAGACGCUUAAAGGUGUUCUUGGAGGAACUGGCUAA